AUGAUUUCUCCUACCAGAGAUAUCAAAACCAAGACUGGUACCAAUGCUGGAAUGAGUCAGACCUCUGGAGGAUGUCUUCAAAAUCUUCUCGACAAUAUAGAGAAUAUUACAGAUCAAGUGCUUCCUUUGAUUAUUGUGACUACAGUUUUGGAUGUGGCUCUUAACACUUCAAAGAUUUCGGAGUCAGCUGACUCAAAGGAAUUAGUGACAGUUGGAAACAGUGUAAUAAAAGCCAGUGAGAAGCUCAUAUCUUCACUGGUGAAGCCAACAGACACAAGUGACAGUGUCAGUUUUACUCUCGACACCGUAGAGGUACAAGUCUUCAUGAUUGGACCAAAAUUUACUUCAGAUCAAAUCCCUCAGCUGGACACCAAAAAUGCUUCUAUGGACAUUGAUCUUGUUGGGAUUGCAAAGAGUAACUACGGAACAACUGCUGUGGCUUUCAUGAGCUACAACUCAAUGGAGAAUCUACUGAAGCCCGACUUCUUCAACACAUCAGAUGACACGGUUAAAACCAUGAUGUCCACUGUGAUCUCAGCUACUCUUCCCAAAACCACCAACACUAAACUCAUCAAACCAGUCAACUUCACCCUCAAACACAUCAGAGAGUUCGACCCCAGCGGUUCUCUGUCCUGUGUGUACUGGAAUAUCAGCGAGUGGAUUGUAGAUGGUUGUACUGUUUUAGAGACCACCAGCAGCUACACUGUGUGUUCCUGUGUCCAUCUGUCAACAUUCGCUCUCAUCAUGCAAACCAGCAGCCCUUCAGAUGGCGACUCACUGCUGGAUUUGUUGUAUUUGGUGUGUGUGAUCGUGGGGCUGGUGUUCUUCAGUUUGGCCCUGUUGACCUUUGCCCUUUGUCAGUGGAGUCCUGGAGUGAAUAACGUGGCUCGAAUCAACAUCUGCAUCAGUCUUCUGCUGGCUCACCUUCUGUUCCUGCUCACACAACAGUUCCUGAGCCUCAUACGCCGUCAUCAGAUGUUGUGUGCUGUGAUAUCAGGUGUGCUGCACUUCCUCUUUCUCUCUGCCUUUGUGUGGAUGUUCAUUGAAGCUGUGCUGCUCUUCAUCUGUGUGAAGAACCUAUCACAGAUCAGCUCCAAAAAGAGGGAGGUGCUUAGCAGUGGAUUCCUGUGUGUGAUUGGAUAUACGGUUGCUCUGGUUGUGGUGGAUGUGUCUGCCGGGCUGGUUCCUGAAGGAUACGGCAGCGAAUACUGCUGGAUUAAAAGGGAUAAAGGUUUUAUCUGGAGUUUUCUGGGUCCUGUUUGUGUCAUACUAGCGUUAAACACGAUUCUCUUCAUCAGCAUCUUCAUCAUUCUGAGCUCAACUCUCAAAAAUCUGAACGCUGAAGUUUCACAGAUGAAACAAACCAAGACUAUGGUAUUUAAAACUCUGGCUCAGUUUGUGGUUCUUGGUUGCUCCUGGAUUCCGGGUUUCUUCACUAAUGACAGUAAGGAGCUGGAGAUCAUCUUCCUGUUCUUGAACUCCCAGCAGGGAACCUUCAUCUUCCUGGUCUAUUGUGUCCUCAAUAAAGAGGUCUGGCAGCAGUACAGGAGGUGCUUCAGAUGUCUUUGCUGUGGACUCAAACCCAACAACAAAAGUGUCCAGAAAAAAUGUUGAGGACUACAGCAUCCAUAUUCAGGAAAUGAAUGAAGUGCCAUUAUCAUACAGUAAACGCUUUCAGAUAUUAGCGCCAGUCUCAGCUUCUGCCUGUAAAUUAGCAAUUAGCCUAAUGUCAUACUGGUCUUA